AUGGCUACGAUUCGAGGUGAGUUUUACAACCCCACUCCCACGCCAUCAUGCUCCCGCUUGCCUUUUAACAUUUGGGUUGUAGUGAUCGUAAAGCACCAGGGCAAGCGCCACGAAGUAGAUCUCGAUCCGACUACCAAUGGGGAAACCUUUAAAUUCCAGUUAUAUUCACUUACCGGAGUCGAACCAGAGCGCCAGAAGGUUCUUGUGAAGGGAGUCCAGCUUAAAGAUAACACCGAACUCUCCGCUCUCGAUGCUAAACCAGGGGAAACUUUCAUGUUGCUGGGUACCCCAAGUUCUGGUCGUGCCAGCGCCGCUCUGGAGAAACCUAAGGUAGCCACCAAGUUUAUCGAAGAUAUGACGGAAGCUGAAGCCGCGAAAUCUGAGGGCGCAACCCCUGCCGGUCUAAAAAACAUGGGCAAUACAUGCUGGCUAAACUCCACACUCCAGACAUUACGGACCCUCCCAGAACUCCAGGAAGAGCUCUUGAAAUACAAGUCCUCGCUCGGGCCGUAUAAUUCCGGUAGAGGUUCCUCCUUCGACCUAGUCGCUUCGUUGAGAGACCUCUAUAAGCAGAUGUCUGAAACGCGGUACGGGCUUUCGCCGGACAUGUUUUGGAAUGCUCUAGCAUUCGGUAUUCCACAUCUCGUACGGAAAGCGAAGGACGGUCGUGGAUAUGAACAACAAGACGCAGAAGAGGCCUGGUCCGAGAUUAUAUCCACACUUCGCCGGAGUCUCAAGAUCCAGGGCGAGAACAAUGAUGAAUUAUCAGCAAAAGUAUCCUUCGUGGACAAAUACCUCUCUGGAAAGUUGGAAUCGGUUGACGAAUGUGAUGAAGAGGCGGCAAAGGAAGCUGGAGAAACACCCACUGAAUCAUCUGAUACCUUUCUUAAACUUGACUGCCAUAUCGACCAGACUAUAAAUCAUCUGCGAGAUGGAAUUUUGGCAGGCCUACAAGAUAAGAUUGAGAAGCAUUCACCUACUCUCGACAGGGACGCCAUGUAUACGAAACGCUCACGGAUCUCUCGAUUACCUAAAUACCUGACAGUUCAUUUCAUGCGCUUCUUCUGGAAACGGGAUAUACAAAAGAAGGUGAAAAUCAUGCGCAAAGUGACAUUUCCUGCAGAGUUGGACGUAGUGGAAUUCUGUACUGAUGAGCUGAAAAGCCAGCUCAUCCCCGUGAGGGACAAGAUCCGAGAGAUUCGGAAAGAUGAACAUGAUAUGGAACGAGCUCGCAAACGCCAGAAGAUUGCGCAUAAGCAAGAAGAGGACCGGAAGGCUGAUGCUUUAAUGAGUGAGCCCAUCCAAAAGAAGCAAAUGACCGAGUCAAGGGCCGAAGCAGAAGCAAGCACCGAUGUGCCGAUGGAAGGUACCUUCAAAACAGAUGCCGAGUAUGAAUCUGAGCGUGCCGCUGCGGUUCUGGCAGCGAAGAAAGAACUGUUCGAACUUAUUGACCCUAAGCUGGCGGCUGAUGAUGGGGCCAAUAAAUCUGGACUUUACGAACUGCGGGGAGUAAUUACACACCAGGGCCCUAGUGCCGACAGUGGUCACUACACCACUUUUGUGAGGAAGCAAGCACGGAUCGUCGAUGAUCCUCAUGUUCCACGGGGCAAGAGGCGGGAGGACGAUGGGAAGUGGUGGUGGUUCAAUGAUGACAAAGUUUCGGAGGUCGAGGCGGAGAAGAUUGAAACGCUAUCAGGAGGCGAAAUGUUCCGCACUCCAAGAUUGAUAUCCAGCGCCUUCUCUUGUGGCACAUUGCUCCGGAGUGGUAUCUCCGCGCGUCUGCUGUGUUUCAAUGGGUUCAUUCCCUCCACAUCAAAACGCAAUUUUAUGCGCUCAGCACGAGCGCCGUUGACUGAAAAUGAGUAUGUAUUUCGACGAAGACUAAGGUCAUUGGUUUACGCAGCCCUCUUUGGAUUGUUGGGUUAUAAGAUAGGAGAUGCUAUGGCCUCAUUCUUCGAAGAUCCAGUUACACCAGGCUCCGAGGAGGAUAGACAGCGAUUAAGCCAUCUACGGCAAAAGAUGGAUAAGUUGGAGGUGGUUAAAAAGCUACGAGCAGAUCCUGAUUAUGUGGAAUGGGAGGCACAUGAUAAUCUUUCAGAGGAGGAGAAGCCGCGUCAACUUACAAGCGGUCCUCUGAGCGGGACUCACAAUUUGGCCCUACAGCGCGUUUUCUGGAACGAUAAAGAACGCAAAGCUGUUACAGUUGUGUAUUUUGGUUUUGGGAUGGGUGGGUGGCCGUUAGUAGUUCACGGGGGAGCAAUUGCUACAGUGCUAGAUGUGUGUCUGGGCCGAGUUGCUCUACUCAGCUUUCCCGCUCGAACAGGCGUAACUGCCAACCUUAACAUUCACUAUCGCACACCCAUCAGGGUAAUGGAUUUCUGUACGGUGACAGCAGAGUACGACCGGGAGAAGAGUACGGAGCGCAAGGCCUUCAUCAAGGGUAAUAUUCGAGAUUCCAAGGGUGGCAUAUGUGCUGAGGCAAAUGCCCUUUUCGUCGUACCCAAGACCUUUAAUCUCAGAACAAUUAAAGAUAAAUUUUAA